AUGACGCGGACGCCGAGCUCGAGCCGGGAGCACGUGGGCCGGGGGCGGGGCCCGGCGCCCCGGAAGCAGAUGCCUCCGCGCCCGGAAGUGCCCGCGAGCGCGAUGGCGGCGGCCGCUGCUCGGAGCCUGGGGCGGUGGGGGCCGCGCCGGCCGCAGCUGCUCGCGGCCAGUCGGUGUCCGCGGGCCCCGCGCGCAGGCUGGGCGCGGCCGCCGAGCCGGAGCAGCAGCUCGGCCGCAGAGACGCCCGCCGCCAAGGCCGAGGCCGACCCGGCGCUGCGCUGGCUCCUGCUCGUCAUCCCCGUGACCGCCUUCGGCCUGGGCACCUGGCAGGUCCGGCGCCGGGAGUGGAAACUGAAGCUCAUCGCGGAGCUGGAGUCCCGGAUCAGGGCCGAGCCCGUCCCUCUGCCCGCCGACCCACUGGAACUGCAGAGUCUGGAGUACAGGCCCGUGAGGGUCCGGGGCCGCUUUGACCACUCCAAGGAGCUGUACAUGAUGCCCCGCACCCUGGUAGACCCGGCGCGGGAGGCCCGGGAGGCCGGCAGGCUCUCCUCCUCUGCAGAGACUGGGGCUUAUGUCGUCACCCCCUUCCACUGCACAGAGCUGGGAAUCACCAUCCUGGUCAACAGAGGCUUCGUCCCCAGGAGGAAAGUGAACCCAGAGACUCGCCUGAAAGGCCAGAUCGAAGGGGAGCUGGACCUGGUUGGGGCAGUGCGGCUGACUGAAGUGAGGAAGCCUUUUGUUCCGGAGAACCUCCCAGAAAGAAACCAGUGGCACUACCGGGACGUUCCAGCCAUGGCGCAGCGCGUGGGCACAGAGCCCAUCUUCAUUGAUGCUGACUUCCGGAGCACAGUGCCCGGAGGCCCCAUUGGGGGGCAGACUAGAGUGACGCUGAGGAAUGAGCAUCUGCAGUACAUCCUCACAUGGUAUGGCCUUUGUGCGGCCACAUCAUACCUGUGGUACCAGAAGUUCCUACGCCGGGUCCCUGGUGUGUGAUGCAGACUACUGCUGUGGCCUGCCCUGUCCGGAGCAGAUCUCAGCGUUUGUGGCAGGGACCCACCCCGA